AUGGAUCCUCGUGUAAGAAACUUGUACAAGAGGCUGUUAUGGAUCGGUAGAGACUAUCCUCAAGGAUAUGAUUAUUUCAAAGGAAAGCUUCGUAAAGGAUUUAUCAAGAAUCGUCAACUAGAGGGGCAAGAAGUUGAAAAAGCUCUUGAGAAGGGUGAAUUUAUCUAUAAAGGUGAGUCGAACUGCUUUUUGAAUCAAUGA